CGCAGUAGUGAACAUGCAGAAACCUCUCAGGAUUGUGCGUACAUGUGUUUUACGAUCGUCUUUGUUUACAUAAUCUCGUCCAAUUUUACGAAAACUAUUCCGCGUUUAAUUAAAUUUUUACGAAACAGUGAAGGUCCCCACGUUUGCCUUUUAACGACAUUUUUGUUUUUCCGUAAUUUUUCUAUAUGGUUAUAUAAUUGAUGUAAAUCGCAUAAGGAGAAGGAGUUGCCAUGAUUCAUGGUUACGAUUUUUCCUAGGAAUUUAAGGGAACGUUGAAUAACAACCUGCGAUUAGACAAAUUCCGUACGAUUUUAUUUUAGUAGAACAUAACAUUAUUGUUGCGCAAGAGACGUGCAAAAUCGAUACAGCUGUGCUAGAUAUCGUCCCGUGCAACACGUGCGGUUGUGUUCACGUUACUCCAAUAGAUACUCAAAACGUGUGGGAAAAUGUCGAAAAAAUCAUGCCUCAAAAAAUCGGUCGAUCACAUUUUGCGAAAGUAUCCAGAGUUGUUAAAUAAUUACGACCCCGUCGAUAGCGGCGGCGGUGGUCGUAUAUGUAGAACGGGUAGGAUUCUACGUAAACAUAUGGUUAAAAAUGAAAUGAAGAGGACGAAGAAGUUGCCAAAUUUGAGAGUCAAAAGGGCGGACGCGGCGUUUUUUACGUGCCCGAUGUGUAGAAACGUUUUGGAAACGCCGGUUACGGUCACCUGCGGCCAUACGUUUUGCAAGGAUUGUUUACACAUUGUGCACUUUGGGAAAUGCAGCGAGUGCAAAACGGAACUUGGCGCUUUGUUGCGGACGAAUAUUUUGAUACAAGACAUCAUCGAAAAGCUAAAGAAACUCGAGGAAGAAGAUUUCAAAAUUUGGACGCGCCUGGUUCCAGAACCACGCUACUCUCUUCGAUCGAAGUGCAAUGGACAGCAUGCUAAAACUCUUAGCGAAUUCGAGAACCAACACAGAGAUUACAACUGGAAUGAGCUAUCAGCUACCGACUUCGAAUGCAUCCUUUGCAGCCAGUGUCUACUCGAUCCCGUCACGACAACUUGCGGCCACACGUUUUGUCGAGAAUGCCUGACCCGAGUCUUGGAUCACGGCUUGGCGUGUCCUUUGUGCAUGCAUCCCCUGAAAUCUUCUGAGCAGUUCAGGGGAGAAAACUUGAUAUUAUCGCAGGCGUUACGCUCGUUAGCCUCGGACGAAUGGCAGGAGCGGUUGAGCAUAAAUCGGCAGGUUUUAGACAAGUUAGAAAAAAACAAUCAGAUUCCUAUUUUUAUAUGUACCAGCGCGUUCCCUAAGGUCGCGUGUCCUUUGUUCGUCUACGAACCGAGGUAUCGACUGCUGGCGCGAAGAUGUCUGCAAUCGUCCACGAAACGUUUCGGAAUGGCAGCUAAGACGAACGAUGGCGAUAAAUUCGCAUGGUUUGGUACCAUGCUUGAGAUUCGGGAUUGCGUUUACUUAAGCAAUGGAACGUCGAUUUUGACUACGAUCGGCUUGAGACGUUUUCGCGUUGUCAGUCGUGGUGAGCAAGAUGGUUACGAUACGGCGGUUGUUCAGUACAUAAGUGAUCGUAUUGUAUCCUCGGAGCAACUACCUGAACUAAGACAUUUACACGAAAGGGUGCACUGUAAGACGAUUCGUUGGUUGACAACGUUGAAGAGUAGAUUACUGGACGAGAUCGAAAGGUAUAUUGGCCAUAUGCCUGCGCUGGAAGAAAACUGGACCACACUACCUGAUGGUCCCUCCUGGACAUGGUGGUUGGUGGCAAUUUUACCGCUAAGCCUGCAAUUAAGGGUGGGUUUCUUAGGGGGCACCAGCUUAGAAAAACGCCUGCUGGCAAUCGAAAAAAUGCUGGAUCACCUCAAAAUCCGCAUGAAGGCUGUGGAACGUCAAUCGUUCAACUGCGAUAGUAAUGAAAUGUCAACCGAAUCUUGCAGUCAUACAGAGAGAUCUGUCGCAAUUCACCAUCAGGACGACUAAUUAUCACCACCUUUUUUUGUAGUCCAUACAAAACGACCAUCAACAUUAACAAUCAAAUUUAGGUUUACAGAAUAGUUUUAAAAAAAGUAUUUUCUAUCUACAGUGUGAAAGUAUAUUUUGAACUGAAUUUUUAUUGUGUCCUAUGAACUGAAAUGGAAUCCAAAGAGUGACUAUUUAUUUUUGUAUCCUAUAUUUUUUAUAUUAUUUUCAUAAGAUUAGCUUUUGUAUUGAGGAAGUUUUGUGACAAACUAUAAAUUCAUUCCACGUUUCAAAUUUGUGAUAAGUUGUGAGUAGUAAUUAGUGAUCAAUCUGAUGUUAUUUUUAAUCGAAUUUGAUACAUACCUACUCUAUUUAAAUAAUUACUAAAAGGGUCACUUCGUUUAUAAUAAAAAAAUAAUUCAAGUGGAUCAUUUACUAAGCCGUACACAAGUAGAUUGGUGUAGUUUGUUACAAAUUUCUGGCUUUGGUCUACUCUAUAAAUUACACAGUCGGAUACUGUUCGCCUUUCCCUUUGGGACUCUUUAGAAACAGUAAGUUAAGUUCCAUUUUUUAAAAUAGCUAGUUUUUAUUUUUCUUCGUGAUAUUAGGUUUUAUAAUAUUUAUGUUUUUAUUUAUGUUAUGCGUUUGUACAAUGAAAUUU